AAGGCGGUCUUAUUAAUAUUAAUAAAGAAGCUUCACCAUAGUACUAGUCGGUCGGGAAGGCUCGUAGGAGAAACGAGAGCUAACGCUGCAAACGGCAAGCACUUGGUAUCUGUUGUUAAAACGGACCGCGUAUAAAUCCUCAGUUACUGAAAUGGAAAAACCAACACGGGCGCCUUAAAUUUUCGUUGGAAAGCUCAAAGAGCCUCAUCCUUGUCCUCGAGCCGAAAGUGCCACUGCCCUCAUGGAAGACAAGAGGAAGAAAAGGAGUCCCAAAGUGUCCCUUCCCCAGCCCCCUCCUCCACCAAUAAACCCUCGAAAGCUCUCUGUUCUCCCAGCGAGUAAAAGCACCACAUUCUCAUUGGGUUUACCCCAGCCCCCCUCCCCAAAACCCAGGGGCAAGUUCAAGAGAUCGGUGGGGGCAAUGGGUCCAUCUAAAGAAGCUCUCGCUGUUCCUGUGGUUCCCCCCAAAAACACAAGGCCUCACAGAGAGAAACCCAGAGCUCCUCAGCCUGCUGGACCCAGCCGCGUGUCCCAGUCCUCCUCACCACUCCAGCACUCUUUCCUCACCGACGUCUCUGAUGUGAGAGAGAUGGAGGGAGGACUGCUCAACCUGCUCAACGACUUUCACUCUGGGAAACUACAGGCUUUUGGUAAGGUGUGCUCCUUUGAGCAACUAGAGCAUGUGAGAGAGAUGCAGGAACGUCUGGCCCGGCUGCAUUUCAGUCUGGACAGUCAUGUGGAGGAGCUGUCUGAAGACCAGAGAAAAAGCGCUUCAGACCGCAAUCUAGAACACCUGCUUUCUAAUCUGGAAGAAUUGAGCACCUCAAUACAGAAACUCCACCUAGCGGAAAAUCCAGAUUUACCCAAGACCUCCAGCACCUGAAGCGGGAAACCAAACCCAGCUGACCAUCAAAUCACUGUGCUGACCAAAACCCAAGAUGCCAUGGCUACAACUCAACUGCAAGUUAAUGAAGCACCAUCAUCGCAAUCUGUGUCUAAUGCAAUGCUAAGUGAUGGCAGCAGCAUCAAAGCACGUUCUCCAUGUGAACGAAAUUCAACUGCAAAAAGGGCACUUCUUGUUUUUCAAAUGAUUUGAUCUUCUCUUUUAAAUUUGAAUCUUUCCACUUUUGAGUCUGAAUGCUAAAUGGCAUCCUCUUUGUUACAGUGUUUAAGUGGUUUAUCUGGAUAAAUAAUGAUCAUUCUUACUUUAGGGAUUGCAUGAGUUGAUUUCUAAGGUUCAUUCAUCACAGGUAAAAAUUAAUUGAGAUCUAGAAUUUUAGAUCAACAAUGUCAGAAGUGAAUGAGAAGAUGAACAUUUAUGUUGUCAGUCAAUCAUCAUAACAUAAUUGAUUUUUAGUUAAUCUGUGUUCUCUGGGAAGAUGUUGUAAAUGGCUGUGGAGUAGCUAUAAACUCACUCAGGACUGUUCGAAAAUAGUGCCUCUUCUCAGUGUCUAGAUUGUUUCACUGUACGGUUUUCAUGAGACUCUCUAAAUGAUGGAACUGGAUCCUUUUGUAGAUGUUUGUACAUUAAAAUAGACAUACACUUAUUUAAAAUAAUAUGUUAUAUAGAUUGUUUGUAAACUAGAGUUUUAAAUUGCUAUUUAAUGUUGAUCUAGGAACAAUUGUGAUAGAAGUUGUUUGUUAUUCUUGAUGGCACUGAUGGAAAUGUACAAUAUUUUUGUGUUAUCUUUGCAUAAACUUAAACAAAAUCAUAAUGGAGUCAGGCAUUUCAAAUUUCAGGUUGACAUCCAGUAGGUAAUUCUAGAAUUAUAAAUUAGUUUAUUAUUAUUAUUGGAGCACAAGACUGUAUUUAAACCUUGUAGAUUUGCAGUCUCUACCCCAAAGCACAAAAGGAUAGAGUACAGUAACAUUUAAUACAAGCCACAGUGGAUGUAGGACAAAAGUACUGAAGGAGAAAACAACAACAAAAAAAAGAUACAUAGUACAUCCUCACUAAUGUCCCUAUGAAAGCCAAUCUUCCCAUUUUACACAUGUUUCAGUGAUAAACCAUCAGCACAACAUAUGGACAGGUUUGAGCAAAAGCUAAUUAUCUACACCAGUUCAAAUUUUUAUAUUUCAUGAUGCCGUAAUAUCACUUUACAGCCGACCUCUGCUACGCCUACCUCCGAAUAUUUCAGCAUAGAGUCAGUACUGUUGCCUUGAGGGGAGGUCUAUUAAAAUGUAUUUCAGAUUGAUUCAUGGCAAAUUCUGAUCCUGCAUCAGCAUGUACAGGCCGGUUCCUCUUCCCUCACUGCCCGAGUCUAAAGCAUUGACAGACAUUUAAAAAAAAUGGCUUUCAAAUAAUUCAAAAAGAAAACAUUUGCUUUGCUUUUAAACCAUGUCUUGAUUUGUUUAAGAAUGCAUAUAAACCAUCUAUUUAGAAUCUAUUUUUGUGUGCUUUAAUAAAACUUAAUGCAACAAUUC